AUGGAAUUAUUACCGGGAAUGGUAGAUGCGCCACUAGCUAUUUUUGGUAACAGGCCUACAAGAAUAGGAACACUUCUUAUUAGAACUUCAUCGUCAAUUGUUACCAAUAUUAUUAGCAGAAGCAAAAACUAUCUAUCUGGAAGAGCAUUAAGUUCCAAAUCAAUAUCCCAUCGGGCCCAGAUUGAGGCUUUAUUAGCAAGAACCUGUGAUAAUAGUGGGCUUGAACGUAUUAAAUUCGAUCUUGAAAACUUAGCCCUAAGAUAUUUGGGAACUAGCGAAAAAGGGGAAUUAAUUGAAACUCUUAAGAAACGUUUAAAGUUCGCAGCAAAGACAAACGUAUUUUCUUCUAAGGGUAUUGUCUAUGAUCAAGAUUUUAAGGAAUAUGCCCUCCAUGACGUUGCUUUAGUCAAACAGUUACACACUUCUUUUUUGAAGCACCAAAACUAUAAUUAUGAUAUAAACCCUUUCCCCAAGAAAUUGCCUGAUAUUACCAUUGGUACCGAUAAAGGUAGAUUAAUUAUGAGACAGAGAUUUCCUGAUAAUCCUAUUUUUGUUGCUCUCGGGGAUCUCUCUAAAAAAACAAGAACCCUCGCUGACCUUAAACAUAUGAGGAGCAAGGCAGAAGGCAAUAUUUUACGUUAUGGCUAUAAACUCUUGGCGCUGCUACUGGAAGAUUUACGACUUCAAAAGCAGCUAUUAGAAAAUCGCUACAACAUGAGAGGGCUACUGUUAAAUAAACCAGGUGUUUUUUCUCUAGACUUGAAGAAUCAGGAAAACAGAAUGACCGCCUAUAUUAUAGAGGAUGUGAAAGCAGCAGAACUAUUUAUUCAGGGUAGAGACCAGCACCAAGAAGAAGCCGACCGGUUAGGUGUUACCCGGGAUGUUGGUAAAACUACAACAUCCUUUAAUGUUGGUUCUGCAUACGGCUCUCCUGGCCCUCCUUGCUGUAUUUUAGUGUUAAUAGCCACUCCACUUCUACUUAAAGAGAAGAGGGGAUUAUCCUCCAAAGGCAAUUUGAAGAGCUCCACCCUCACUGAUUCCUUCGAAUCAGCUCUAGGCGAUCGGAUCGAGGCUCUGCCUUGGCCAAUCAAAAAUCCCUCUAAUUUUGGUUUCAUUGGUUUCACCUCGCAGCUUCGGGCUGCUGUCGCCUACAAGGCCGCCUCUGCAGUCAUCUCGGCGUGGCCCUGCCUCGAGCCAUGGCAAGCUCGCUGGGAAACGCCCUGGUCAGCGUCUCUAUCUAACUCGGAGUCCCCGCCUAAAAAUAGGGACACUCGGUCUAAAUUCCCUGCCUCCUGUGCUUUGUGCUCUGACUGGACUCAAUCAAUGGGUACUUCUACUUCUGUUGAUACAAUCCCCCCCCUUACCAUUCAAACCGCGAGGGUUUCAAGACGGGGGAUCACCUUCGUUCGAGGGCAUCAUAGAGUUGCACGAUCAGAUUAUGUUCUACCUCAUAGUUAUCCUGCUAGGGGUUGCCUGGAUGCUAAGCUCAACGAUCCGGAAGGUCGUCACUACUCGACUUCUAGUCCUCAUAGUGCUACUCAGUCUUCUAUACCCGUGAAGAGCAUUACGGAUAAGCUGCCAUCCGAUUCCUCUGUGCAGCCAAUCCCAUGGCAUGAGACUAAAGCAAUGACAAUUGGUCGUAACGUAGUGUUAGCUAUGUUUGAGUACCUUAAGGGUACGAAUAGCCCUGUACUAGACUAUCUACAGAGUAAUGAGCGACUUAAACAUCUGAUUACGAAAGACCCUAAACCAUCACUUGCUGUGUAUAAUGACACCUCUCAAGGUGACCCCAAAACUGUAGCCCAUCACAGUCAAAGUAUGGCAUCCUUGUUCAACCAUCCUGACCUAAUGCCUUACGCAGGUAGAUUAGCAAACCAGCUAGGAAUAGGCUACAACACAUUGAUAGCACAUCUGAAUAAUGAUACUACAGUUUGGAGCCCUGCAUUCGAAGGAGCUACAGUGGCACCACGACCAUUAGGCCCAACACUUAAUACCAAUGCUAUUCAGGACGUGGACCUUGAUAGUCUUCCAGAUGGGAUUCAUGCAUUACACCAGGAUAAGGAAACGGUACAUGAUACCUGCCUUAGUCCUGCUCAGGCAGCUAAGGCCCUGGAUAACAAAGUAGAGUUUAAGUACAUUGAACGGUACGUUAAUAUAGAAAAACCAGUGGCUACUACACAAGGUACAUUCUUCUUUGUCAAGAACCCUAAUUACGUUGUGGCUACUAACAUCCAAGGGGGAUCUAACAACCCCAAAGGUGCUAAAGUGGCAAUGGUAAUGCAUGAUAUCAAACACGAUGUAUGGGUUACAUUCAAGUCCAAAGCUGAUACAUCACGAUUCAUAUGGCGAGUAGUUAACCGAUCUCAAGCGUUUGAUCGGUACUUAGCUGAUCCUACAGCAAAUGUUAUAGUGACUAUCAGCAGGAAACCUUUAGCUGAGGGAUCCUCAGAGACUAUACGUGGAACAUGCUUAUUAGUAAGGCAUGAAGAAAUAGUCCGACCUCUCAAUCCUAUUGCACUGCUAGGAAGAGAGCUCCUGUAUCUUUUAGACGAGGUGAUAGACCCGGUCAUCACAGUUAAGGCUAUAGGUAACCAAUGGUUCUGGUCGUAUGAGUAUAGUGAUUAUGUUAACGACACAGGUGAAGCUAUAGAGUUCGACUCGUACCUUAUCCCUGAAUCAGAACUCGAACCGGGGCAAUUACGUCUAUUGGAGGUCGAUAACAGGGUUGUCUUGCCUGUAGAUACGCACAUACGCCUGAUCAUAACCGCAAGGGACGUAAUACACUCCUUUGGAGUUCCUUCCCUUGGUAUCACCCUUGAUGCAAUCCCCGGAAGGUUGAAUCAAACCUCAGUUAUCCUAAACCGUGAAGGUGUCUUUUAUGGACAGUGCCGGGAAUUGUGCGGUGUCCUGCACAAUUCGAUGCCUAUCGUCAUUGAAUCC